AUGAUAAAAUCUACCAUUAAGUGGAGGAAGGAGUUUAAAAUCGAUGAGUUGCUUAAAGAAGAUUUCGGUGAUGAUUUGGAGAAGAUGGUUUUCAUGCAUGGAUUUAGCAAAGAAGGUCAUCCUGUGUGUUAUAAUGUUUAUGGUGCUUUUCAAGAUAAGGAUUUCUACCAGCAAACAUUCUCUGAUGAAGAAAAAAGGCAGAGAUUUAUGAAAUGGAGGAUACAGUUGUUGGAGAAAAGUAUUAGGAACGACCAAAGAUUAUGGUCGGACGAGUCCGACACAAUACGUUCUCUUAACAGUUCACUACAUGUUCAAUUGGGCUGGUUUAAGUCUCACCUUCAGUCACUUUGUAAGCAUUCUUCAGACUGUAAACACAAGCUCGCGAACGCCCUUUUCAUCAUCGAAACAGGUGGUAAUGACUUCAACUAUGCUUUCUUCCAACAAAAAUCACUCCAAGAUGUUCAACAAAUGGUAGAUGAAGUUAUUCAAGGCAUCACAAGUGCUGUACAGGAAGUAAUUAGUUCAUGUGCAACUCAAGUUGUGAUUCCUGGUUACUUCCCAAUUGGUUGUAUGCCUAUCUAUCUCAGCGCCUUCCAAACGAAUGACUUAAAUAUGUACGAUGAGCUUCACUGUCUUAAAAGAUUGAACGAAUUCGCGACGUUUCAAAAUGAUCACUUACAAGAAGCUAUUAGGAAGCUUCAAGAGCAGCAUUCAAAGGUUGCUAUUGUUUAUGCUAACUAUUACAAUGCCUUGAGGGAACUCCUUAAACAUGCAGCUUCACUCGGAUUCAAGAAGGAUGAAGUGCAAAAGACAUGUUGUGGGAUUAGCAACAAUGAAUACAAAUUUAACAUGACAAGCAUGUGUGGAUACAAUGGAGUUCCUGUUUGCAAGCAUCCCUAUGAGCGCGUCAGUUGGGAUGGAGUUCACAUGACUCAGCACGCAUAUAAACUCAUGGCAAGAUGGUUACUGAAGAAGAAUAUCAUCCAUGGCAUCUCAACUCGAGUUUAAACGUCUUUUUCAUAUAAUAUUAGUCUAGAAUUUUUUUUCAGAAUUUAAGAUGUAUAGUUUUAGUAGCUUUAUAAUA